AUGUCAGGCAUGUUGUCUGCUACUAGUGUUGACUGGGCUAAUAAAAUAAGAUGUAAUGUUGUUGAUGGCCUGCGACAAAGUUUUCAGGAUGGCAUCUUUACAGACAUUGAAAUUGAGGUCAGUGACAGCGUGUUCCGAUGCCAUAAAGUAUUUCUUUGUGCCAUUUCGGACUAUUUUCUGGCCAUGUUCACAUCAGGCAUGAGAGAAAGUGUGGACAGUCGUGUAACCAUCAAGGAUUUGUCAGGCUCAACUUUCAAGGCAGUGCUGGAUUUCUACUACACUUGUGACAGAUCUGUGGUCAAUGCAGACAGUGCUGAAGACUUGUUGAAAGCUGCUGGCUUGCUACAGAUGAUCACCCUGCAGGACAGCUGUGAGCAGUUCUAUGCUGAAAACCUCAAUACAGACAAUGCAUUGGCUGUUUGGGAUCUGGCCCAGUGCUUGCACUGUGAGGCGCUAGCAGACAAAGCCAAACGCUUCAUCCUUGGAAAUUUCCUUGACAUUUACACAGAACCUGAUUUCUUACAUAUAGACGUAGAGCGCCUCAAUGAACUCCUGGGAGAUGAUGAUCUUCGGGUACCAGAAGAAGACUAUGUUUCAGAUGCUGCAAUAUCAUGGAUAAAACAUGAUAUUAGCAAGAGAACCAAGUAUUUUAAUGAAAUUUGUGUCAAUUUGAGACUUAGGUACUUAUCCGAGGAUUCAUUUAGUAAACUUUUAACAUUUGUUCACAAUGAGUGCCAUAUAACAGACAGUAUUCUGGAAGGGUUCAUGGAAAACAAACGAUACUCCUUUCCUGAGGCUUCCAAUUCUGUAGUUGUGGACACGCCAUUGUCCUCCAGAAAUUAUGAGAAUAUGCUGGUGGUGAUAGGAAUCCACAGAGCAACUGGGAUUUUACCAUCAGUUCAAGCUUAUAGCUUUAAUACUAAGAUGUGGUUCAAACUCAGCUCCUUGCCCUUUGACCCAGGAGUAGGCUAUGCAACAUGUGUUCUCGACAACCAGCUAUACAUGUCAGGCAUUUCGUUGCGUAAAGCUUAUGUCCUGCGCUAUGACCCCUGCACAAACCUGUGGGAUGAAUGUUGUCAGAUGCCAGAGAAGAGACGUUACCAUGAGAUGGUUGUGGCAUGCAACCGUGCCCAUGCUGUGUGUGGCUGGAACAAGCGAGAUGGUGUUUUCACUAGCAUAAUACAGUAUCAUGUUGCCGAGGACACAUGGACCAGCCUGGGGAACUUACGUGUCGGGGUGUACUCAGCUUCAGCUUGUGCUGUGGAGAACACUAUUUAUGUGUUUGGUGGUCGAGCAGAUGACAGCACACGCAAACGUGACAUCCAGGCCUUCAAUGUCAUCACUGGGCAGGCCACCAUCAUCAACCAGUUUCCAUCAGCAGUGACAGAGAGCCGAGCAGUGGCGCUUAACUCCUGCAUGUAUUUGGCUUUGACCAACGGCUCAAUUAUGAGGGUCUUGGAGUCCGGCACACUCUCACGGCACAGCGUCCUGCCUAACUUUGACCGCUUCAACUUUGGUCUGCUGCAGCGGGGAAACAGUAUUUUGGUUGUUGGGGGUGACACCAGGUAUCCUUCAGGUUCAAGCCAGUUUGUGGAUAUUAUUGAAGUCAAUGGACAUGAUGGAAAGGUCAGGAUACUCAAUGACCGGCUCUUUAACAAUGCAAGCGCUGCCGCCUGUAGGAUACUGUUGAUACGGAGAGUUAUCUUGCCUCGCUUAUCUGUUCCUGGCAUUCCUCAUUAA